AUGCCCCUGAUGAUUUUUCGCUUUGUGAACAAUGCUGGAAUCGCAGGGGAUCAGCACGCUGCAAUCAGCGACCAAAGAGCUGUACGACAGUGUCAUGGCCGUACACGUGGAGGCACCUGUGUUUUGACACAGUUAGUUGCGCCGUGUUUGAUUAAAACCAAAGGAUGUGUGGUUAAUAUCUCAUCUUGCAGCACGAGUACAAUUAUUCCGGGAUUCGGUGUCUGCGUCAUGUCGAAGGCGGCCUUGGAUACAUACACAAGAUACCUUGCACAUGAAAUGGUUUCACACGGAGUACGCGUGAAUGCAGUCAAGUUACAUACCCACUCAAUUAUUGUCUCGCCUGUUCUCGAAAGAAGAUUUGGCCAAGAUGGAGAGUGUCGCGACUAAAGCAACGCCAGUUGGUCGAGCGGGUACCGCACAAAAAAAUGGUCACACUGCUGCCUUCCUAGCUUCAGAGAAAGCAGCCUUUGUGACUGGAGAAUGUUUCAGGGCCGAUGGUGGGUACACAAUGACCACACCAGUCCGUUCAUAAGGCAGAUGGUCGCAAGGCGCCCAUAUGCCUCCAUCAAUCGCAGACUGUGUAUCUGAUGUGUACCACAUAGGCUAGACAAUUACCAAAGAAAAUUUGACAGAUGAGUUUUUUUAUAUGGUGCAAAUUACCAACAAACAAAUCCUGAAAUAUUACUAAUACUGAUACAGUGUC